GGAGCCUCAAGUCACACAGCUCACGGUGCCUGCCUAACUGUAGUGAGCGGAGAGCCAGCAUGUGCUCAGGGGGACACAUACUGAAAGCUCUCCUCUUCCUUUUGGAUGUUGGAGUAGUUCAAGUUUUGGCCACAGGCAAGUCUGCAGGGCCUGAGAUUGAUUUCAAAUACGCUGUCAUUGGAACUGCCUUGGGUGUUGUCAUAUCGGCUGGCUUCCUGGUCUUGAAGAUCUGCAUGAUCAGAAAGCACCUGUCUGAUAACAACUCUUCAGAGCUCAAGAGCACUCCGCUGUGCACCAGUGACACCAUCAUGUGCAAGAAGAGAACCUCCAGCCUCUUACAUAGCUUGGGACGACAGGAAGGUACCACUGUACCCAGCCAUGGGUUGAGAAGGAAUCUGAAGAACUGUUCUGACUGAUCCUCCCCUUUCCAGGCUUCCAAAGAUGACCAGGUGAUUGAGCUGUGAGCAGAGCAUUGGCUGUCUGGAUAAUUUGCCCACAGGUACAACCUCAGCAAUUCUUUGAAUCUGGAUGCCUGAGGUAGACAAUGGACCUUCGGUGGACUCAGUGUGAGAAACAAAUUGUGAAAGGACUAGAAUCAACAGUGCCUUUUCCUCUUCAGCAAGGCUAACUGCUCAGAGCUAACAGGCAAAGAUGGAAGCCAGUCAACUCCUAUUAUCCAAUGCAGGCCCCCUCCCAAUAAGGGAGCUCUUCAUGCUUCCUAUGGUGGUGUUGUCUGCAGGCCUGGUAGAGAGAGCUCAGGGCCAAGUUUCCUCAGCCCCACCAUUUCAACAGUUAAGACAAAUUUUCUAGAACUCGGCCUCAUCAUUUUAGCUGCCACAUUAAAGCCAUCCUGUGUGAACAUCCAGAAAAAUGUUGAGAUAAUGGUAAGUCAGUUAUAAGGGCCAUCAAUGGAAGACUGACUUACUAGAAAGAGGAAGGUCCUGGGCAGCUGUGGGCUGAGACUGGCAGCUGUGUGGAUCUUCAAACGAAAGGGGCAGCAGGGGCUAGGAAUGUGGCUUAGUGGUAGAGUGCUUGCCUAACAUGCAUGAAGGCCUGGGUUCGGUUCUUCAGCACCGCAUAAACAUAAAAGGCCAGAAGUGGUUCUGUGGCUCAAGUGGUAGAGUGCUAACCUUGAGCAAAAGAAGCUCAGGGACAGUGCCCAGGCCCUGAGUUCAAGCCCCAGGACUGGCAAAAAGAAAAAAAAAAGCAACAGCAAAGAACUAAGGGAAAAAUGUAUGUGUCUCAUAGAGAGCUACACAAAUGUAAGCUAUUGUUCUCAUGUCAUUAUUUUAUGGUGAUAAUUGCAAUCUGCAUGACAUAUGCAAGGUAGACAGGACUGGCAGGGAAACACAACAUUCUAUUAUUAUUCAGUCAAAGGUUCUAAGGCACAAAUGUUCCCCUCACUUCGAUGUGUAUGUGUCUAUGUGUGUGUGUGUGGGGGGGGGGUGACGGCGGGGAUGCACGCACAUGUAUACGAUAUUUGGGCUUGAACUCAAGGCCCUAAACUAUCACUUAGCUUGUUUUGCUCAAGUGAUCUACCACAUGAACCACCU